AUCCUGCUGCCUCUCCCAAAAUGGUUGACGCUAAACUGCUUUCGGGUAGCACGACCUGCGGGGAAAUGAUGGCAUUUCGUCAGCUUCAACGCUCUUCAGGCUCAUCGCUAUUAUCUCGCCUUGACAUUCUGCAGAUUCACACUUGACCGGCACAAUGAGCGGCUUUAAGGAUAUUAUGAAAGAUGGCUGGCAUCCAAAAGCCAAAGACGGGAAAAAGGAAAGCUGGCGGAACGACUUCAAGGGCAUCAACCAGGUGGCCGGCUGGAUGGGCAAAGGGAAGGAUAAAGACGACGAAAGAGAAACGCAUGUUGCCCGACCCGUCUCAACUCUCAGGGACCCGUCGACUUUCGCUCCCCCGCCCAAACAUGUCAAAUACCACGGCGCUGCCGCCCUGUCGAACGAAACUACAUCGAGUCGCAGUGGAUUGGGCGCGCCAUUGAGCCAGGCGCAAAUAAACCAGCAGGAAUCCCACAAACAGCAGGCGAUAGAGGAGGAAGAGGAGGAAAGGAGACAAGCGGAAGAAGCUGCGAAACGGCCACCAGUGCCGUUUCGUGCAAACCGGACAGGCAUCGACCCAAACACUCUUCCACCGCCGCCCCGGCGAGUUGGCUCAGUCGCAGAAUCAGCACCAACAUCUACGAGGCCUGUACCAAGACUUCCGCCCCGUGUACCACCCCGGGCAAACACCUCCACGCCAGCCUCUCACUCACCCUCUCCCCCUCCUGCGUACUCCCCCAGUCCAUCAGCUACAGAGCAGUCACAGACCUCAGAUGGGUAUGUAAACCAAGCUGCUACGUCGCGUCUUAACCAGGCGGGAGUUUCUGUUCCGUCGCUAGGUAUCGGUGCAGGAUCCUCAAACCCAACCUCACCAUCAGGGGGCCAUGCGAACCAGGCGCCGGUGAACGAAAUGCAGAGUCGAUUCGCGCAGAUGAGAACCAACUCUGCAUCAGCCCCGUCGCCUGGACCGCGGCCGCCGCCAGCACAGCAAGCUCAAUCACCAACUAGCUCCACACCGAGUGUUGCAAACGCCAAGUCUGCGCUCAACGAUUUCCGGUCCAAGCACAGUGACCAGAUUGAAUCCGGAAAGCAGAAGAUUACUGGAUUGAACCAGAAAUACGGAAUAACUGAGCGUAUUAACAAUGCUGUGUCCAGCAAGUCUGCCAGCUCGGAACAGGCUCCUCCCAUUCCUCCGCAUCCAAAUGCGGGCCGUUCAACAACGGCCUCUAGUACUGACAUCGGGUCUGUAGCCCAGCGAAAGGCGCCUCCACCGCCGCCGCCGCAGAAGAAAGCCGAGCUACGGGCAACGCCGGUCAAUACAGGAUCACCAGCACCACCUCCACUUCCUCUCAGUACGAAACCCCGCUGAGCAGGGAUCUAUCUGGUUAUAGAGUCUAGAUUGUAAAUGUAACAUGUUGCCGCGCAAUGCAUUAUUAUUGGCGGAGUUUGUAUCUAAGACUACGCAUUCCAACGAGGUUAAUAGACAGCGUAGACCACAUUCUCAACAAUGCCUCAACGCCAAGACAUUCUGUAAGGAGUGGAGGUGACGUCACGUGAGGGGUGGCCCAACCGGCCAGGCGGAGCAUUUGCCCUCAGCCAUUUGACUCGAGAAUACUCCGUACAAUGUUCAAGACAGGCCACUACCCUAAAAAUUGGGUCUGAACUCUGCAAUAUGCAGGCCUGACACAGCGCACUGGUCGGAUGGGCAUAAUGGGCUGUCCUCUCCACGCAACUCGUGCGGAGAUUGUUUG